UAGUCCUCAGCUGCCAGCAUCUGAUUAAAACCAUAUCUCUCGCUGUGAGUGGCUAACUACGCUGAAGGCUGGAAUACAACUGAAUAUUUAACCGGGCCCACGGUGUCAGCUAGUCUGGUGGCUGGAGAUCGAGGAGUAUGCACAGAGCUAGUCUGUGAAGUAUUAUGCCUGCCUGUUGAUCACUGUUUGGACAUCCAACAACACAGCGAGUAUCGCAUUCUUUAAUGCUUCUGGAGUUGAGGCUGGCCUCCAUCUCAAAAUGUCUAACGAAGUAGAAACAACUAAUGUCAACAACCAGCCUGAGCAGCAGGCAGUACCAAAAGCGCCUGCCUCAAAGAAGGAGAAAAAGAAGGGUUCAGAAAAAACAGAUGAAUUUCUUUUGACCAGAUUCAAAGGAGAUGGAGUAAGAUACAAAGCCAAGCUGAUUGGCAUUGAUGAUGUUCCAGAAGCAAGAGGAGACAAAAUGAGCCAAGAUUCAAUGAUGAAGCUGAAGGGAAUGGCAGUAGCUGCCCGCUCCCAGGGACAGCACAAACAGAAGAUCUGGGUGAACAUCUCCCUUUCUGGUAUCAAGAUAAUAGAUGAGAAAACUGGGGUCAUAGAACAUGAGCAUCCAGUAAACAAAAUCUCCUUUAUUGCUCGGGAUGUGACUGACAAUCGUGCAUUUGGAUAUGUUUGCGGAGGAGAAGGACAACAUCAGUUUUUUGCCAUAAAAACAGCACAACAGGCUGAACCUCUAGUAGUUGAUCUCAAGGACCUCUUCCAAGUAAUUUAUAACUCCAAGAAAAAGGAGGAAGAGGAUAAGAAAAAGAAUGAAGAAGCCAAUAAGACAGUUGAGAAUGGUAGCGAUGCCUUGACUGAUCAAGUUGACAAAAUAAAACUGGGUGUUGACCAGAUGGAUUUGUUUGGGGAUAUGUCCACUCCUCCUGACCUGAACAGUCCUACAGAGAGUAAAGAUAUCCUGUUAGUGGAUCUAAACUCUGAAAUCGAGAACAAUCAGACUUGUGUAAAAGAGAGUCCCUUCUUGAAUGGCAUCACUUCCUCUCUUCCACGACCAAAGUCACAGACACCUUUCUUGCCUGAAAGUUCUCUCACUACCAAUCUCAGCUUCUUUCCCAUUCCCAAUCCAGAUCCUUUCAGUGAUGAUCCUUUCACACAACCAGACCAAUCUGCACAACCUUCAUUUGAUUCUUUAAAAUCUCCACUUCAGAAGAAGGAAAGUCUGAGCUUCUUGGGUAACGGUGCUGUAAAUGGUGAUAUUGACUACUUUGGUAAAGAGUUUGACCAGAUUUCUAAUAGAACUGGCAAACAGGAAAUACAGACAAGCCAGUGGCCUCUUGAGAGUAAGCCAAUGCAGCUAGCAGCAAGGACCCAAAAUGGGGUACCAGAAAGAGAACAGAAUGGUUUUCUGACCAAAUCCUCCUCAAACCUAUUUUUGGAAAGCCCUUCCAAAGGAUUAUCUCUGCAAAAUGGAGUAAAGCUGGACUCUGAAAGCAAUGUCCAGCUCAUGUCACAUGACUCCAUAACAAUUAGCCCACCUCCACAAAGUACCAAGCCAGGAAGAGGAAGGAGGACUGUUCAGACUGCAGCAAAUGAUUUGUUCAGCUCAGACCUCUUUGCAUCUACUGCUACAGAGGCCCUAGGCCUGACUUCGCCUGCAGCACAACCUGCACUGGUGCAAACCAACCCGCUGGACCUCUUCCGAACCAGUCCUACUAUAGCACCCAUGGCUGGUCUAGGUGGCUUGCCAGCAACAGCUCCAACACCAUGGAAUCAACAGUCCUCAGUUUUCAAUCCUGCCACAUCAGCAUUUCCUGGAUCCAUUAUGGGAGCUCAAUCUUCAGGCUUUACUCAACCACUUGCCUUCAGUGCCCCUCAAGCAGCCUCAGGGUGGAGUCAGCCUGCAUCGUUUGGAGCCCCAUCUCAAUCUUCUGGCCUCUGGGGUCAGCCAGCACAUGUCUCUCCUACUGCUGCUUGGGCACAACCAUCCACUACUGGAAAACCUUUCCAGACCAGCAUGUUUCCAUCUACUACACAGCCCUCUGCUAUGUUGUCUUCUGUCUCCACACCUAGCCCUCCUCAGCCACCACCCAGAACUGCACCUCAGAAGGAGCCCUCUAAGAAGGAAAGUGAUGCCUUCACUUCAUUAGACCCACUUGGGGAUAAAGAGAAGAAGGAUGUAAAAGAAAUGUUUAAAGACUUCCAGCUGACAAAGCCACCUGCAGUACCAGCAAGGAGGGGAGAACAGCAGCAAAGUCGUCUUGGUGCUUCUGGAGCUUUCACUAAUUACUUUAAUAGCAAAGUGGGCAUUCUUCAAGACAAUGCUGAUCAUGAUGACUUGGCAGCUAAUCAAUUGUCUAUUAAAAUCAGUGAACCACCAAAGCCUGCUCCCAGACAAAGCACUCUGCCAGCUUCCAAGCCUGAUGCCCUAUUUGAAAACCCCUUUCAAACAGAUCCUUUCAGCACCUCACAACCCUCUACUGUGUCUCGGCCAUCGCUGUCUUCUGAUCUCUUUGGUGAUCCUUUUGGAAAUCCAUUUGCAUAACUUUGAAACCAGGUGUAACCAGCAAAGGACAAACAGAAUAGCAAGACACCCCUCCUUGUCACCAUUUUCUACUCAUCUUAUUUUGCAUUGUCUGUCUACCUUCAUCCUUGAUGUCUAUUCUGAUUGUUAAUGUCUGUCUGCUGUGAUCUAAAACCUGCCUGUGUGGACUGAAGCAUGAGCCCUCAAAGAGAACCUGCUGUUAACAUAAUUCAAGAUGAAGCCAAGGAAAAUACCCAGACUGGAGGCCCAGAUUCAAGUUGGUGGAUGUGAUAUAUUUUUUUUUUUCUGUAGCCUCUUAAUCAGAAAAAAAACUGCAUAUGUAAGUCUUGUGGAAAUACUGACUUUCCAGUCUUGUGGUUUUUAAACAGUCACCUACACUUAAAAUCCUUGCAGCACUUACUGUAAUGGUUGUAGUAAGGAGUUGAGCACUCAUUUUCAGGAAGAAACAAUGUAUUCUCCACAUAGGGAAAGGGAAUUGUGGAUUUAGAAUCUUGCAAAUUCUGCAACAGAGUCACUUCAAACAGGCUUUUUCACACACCUUGGGAUUCCACUGAUGGCUGUCUCACUAUAUGGCAGCCAUUAAAGCUUUUCUUAAACCUCCACUCUUCAAUGUACAUUGGUUUUUCUUGUAUUUAUGGUGACUGUGCAACUGAUGACUUAUGGCUUUCCUUCUGAUUUCUAAAUCAUGGAAAACAAAAACCAAAGUAAACAAGAAAAAUCUACUGCUUGCUAAUUCAUAUUGAAAAUGGCAAAAUACCCUCCAUCUGAUUGUAAUUAGUCCCUAACUACAACAUAGCUUCAGAAUCUGAAAAAGCAGUGGCUGUAAAGAACAAACUCAAUCAACACUGUUUCUGACUGACAAAUUGUCUCAGCUAAAGUUCUGGAAUCUGACUUUGGACCUAAAGCUGAAACACCUCAUCCAAACUUCAAAUUGUGUCUAAUGCUAUUUUUAAAAUCCUCUAAGGUUUUUUCAGAAUCAAAUAAGGUAGUGGAUUUUUCUUGCUUCAAGCAAAAGCUUGGCAAUGGCUAAAGAGAAUGGAAUAAGCAGACGGGUUUCUUAUUGAAUCACUGAACUUCAGUGAAUGUCGAUAAUACUCUGAACUCAAAUCAAUUGAGUUUUUUCUCAGACAUGGUGUAGAUUGGUUCCAGUAUGUGUUUGAAGGGCAAAUGGCAAUCUUGUAUUGAUCUUUACUUCACCUGAUACCUUAGUAUUUUGUGAAUUUUGAUGCACCUUGUUCAAUGUUUGAAGUAGCUCUCCACCUCUCAAACAAGGUUGUGUCUUUUGUGAGCCUCUGUACUAACUGACUUGUAUCUAAAUCAGUCACUUAUAAACUAAACCUGUUAGGUUACUUUGCUUUUUGGACAAAGGUCUAAUCAGCUCUUACCAUUCUGUUGGUGGUUAGUUUCUUACUCAACCAUUUAUAAGUGUAAACUUGAAAUACUAUUGUCUUUAAUGUUGAAUUGGAUACCUAAACAGAGAAUUACUUCUGGAAAUUCAGUUUGAAGGCAACUUUAGUGACAAAUUCAGCCAGUCAUGCAACUUGUUUUGUGUAUAUAACCUUUCUCUUGUGCACUUUCCUACAAUGCAAUUAGAAGUUAUGAAUUUAUAAGUAUUUGUCUCAAACUGGAAAUGUAGAAACUUAUGGAUGUUACUAUUAUAUAAACUGUAGUCACACAACUAAAGUUUUUUCUAAUGACAUUAAAAAGAUGCAGCUCUUUAUAUCAAA